GCUAUAAAUAACCCAACUCCUGGGCUUCUCAGAUAUCACAUGAACACGUUCCUCCUUUCUCGCAAAUAGUUAAGGAGAAGAACAAGCUCAUGGGGCUCCCAAAUGUCGCCCUAGUUCUGGCAAUAGCAAGUGUUAUCUGCCUCACCAUUCCCAACCUUUUUCUUGCCGAUGACUCCCCCAGUGAUUACCUGAAACCCCAUAACGACGUCCGAAAGAACGCCAAGGUGGACCCGCUGGAUUGGAACAAAGAACUGGCACGCUCCGCGGAGCAGAGCGCUGGUAACUGCGGGAAGGGAUCCUACGACGGCCGCUAUGGCGUGAACGUCUACAAGGGCCGCGGUGCCACCGCCUUCGACGCAGUGAAAGAAUGGACGAAGUGCAAACAAGGGGGCUGCAGUUCUGACUACGAGCAGGUGGUGUGGCCUCGCACCAAGUCGCUUGGAUGCGCACGUCACCAUUGCCAAGAUCGCCAGGGUGACUACUACUUCAUCGUCCGCUACUAUGACCCUCCAGCCUCCAAGCACUGAAGGAGGAUGGAUGUCGUCCAUAUGAGGUGUUGCACGAGUGUGAUAGUCCGUCUUGAUUACCCGCUGUUCCGGGUGUUAGCCAUCGGAAUGAGCUACUGCGGACUGUUUCUUUGAUGUAUCGUAUAGUUGAUCCCAUCUCGAUGGGAUCAUGAUUUGUUGUCGUCGUUUACCGUAUUGGUGUUGUAAUGCUUUGUUUGUUAUCCUUACUAGCUGGCACCUGGAGUUGUGUCAAUGUGUGCUCUUAAAUAUAAUUGUGUUGUACUGUGUUGAUUUGUGCUCUUAAAUAAAAUUGUGGUACGUGGGUUUUCCUAA